AUGGAAAACUCAGCAUCUACUAUCAAUGGCACAGUUAUAAGCACCACAGAGUUCUCUGAAAAACGCAGAGCAAAGAGUAAGGAGAUACAAAAGAUAAAUGAUGCAACCAAUCCAAGUCUGAGUACCAACCCAAAAAAGACAACCUCUAAGACCUUUAGAAGCUCAAAAUCGGUAGAACAAGAUGAUUUUGGAAUAUCCCUAAGUCGAACCAACAGCAUUGAUGAGACGGGGGGACCAGCCGAGGCAAUUUGUGCCAGCAAUAAAACCGUGAACAAUGGUCCCAGAAGAAGAAAUAGCAAAAUAAAUGAGGAUGAAGACACAACCAAUUCAAACAGGGAAAGAGGUGAGAUUAGACACCAAGCAAAGAGAAGUAACAGUUUGCCAAACUCAAAUCUUUCCAAGCAUUUGAGAGCUGCAGCAAAGAGCUUAAAACUGAAGAUGGAUGAUAUUUCAAAAGCAGCAGAAAAAGUUAACAAGGUCAUAGACAUAAUCAUCAAGUCGGAGCUUUUUAAAAGCAACCCUCUGUUUAAGAGCAUGGAGAAAAUGUCUACAGGGAGCUACUACGAAGGUCUCAAGAUAUCAAAUCCAAAUGAAUUUGACAUCAUGCUGAAAAUUAAAUUUGAGAGUUACCAAACAAUUGAGUUGACAAGUAUCGAUGAGAGCGGUGCUUUCUACACACUAGCAUUUAAAAAACGGAAACCAGCAGCCAUGGAUCCAUACAUCGAUAAUGAACAAAAUAUACUUGCUAAAUAUAUCUUGGAUGAAUUCAGAACUCUGAUCAAUAAUGUCCUUCAACAGUCAGGUAAGCCAGCCUCCUUAGAGAAGAAAGACCCUUCAAGCCCUGCAGUCACGCUCACUAUUCCUAAUGAACCUGAAAAUAUAUCCGUGGAUCUGGUUCUUGCUCUUCAAAUACGACAAUGGCCCGAAAAAGCAAGUAAUGGAAUGAAUAUUGACAGCUGGCUUGGCACAAAAGAAAAACAAAAAUACAGAAAAGAACCAUGCUACAUGGUAGCCAAACAAGCCAACCCGGGGAAGAAAGACAAAAAAGAUACAUGGCGCAUUUCCUUUUCAAAUAUUGAAAAAGAUAUAUUGAGUCAUCAUGGAAGUGCAAAAACCUGCUGUGAGCGUCAAGGACCCAUGUGCUGCAGGAAACUGUGUCUUAAACUGAUGAAGUAUAUACUGAAACAGCUUAAAAGUGAGAAUCAAAGAAGAAUGAACCAAUUCUGUUCAUACCAUGCCAAGACUGCCCUACUACACACAUGCACUCUUUACCCAAAAGAUGAAGAUUGGAAGCUGGAAGACCUGGAUGUUUGUUUUAAUAGAUAUGUUGAGUCCUUUCUGAAUUGCCUUAGAACAUAUUCUCUUUCUAAUUUUUUUAUACCUUCCCAUAAUCUCUUCAGUUCAGAUUACAUUGAUAAGUCAAGCUGUAAGUACCUUUUUGAAAAGUUAGAAAGUGAAAAAACUCAGAACUAUCCAAUUUUUUUAAGCAUAAUACAGCUGUCCGCAGGUACUUCUAGGCUGUCACAGGAUGAUGGAAUAGCUCAGGUACAUGAUUAA